UCAAACACGAGAUCCCUCGUCCCCCAAAACCUCUCGCUCGCGCCAUUCCUCCUCUUCUCCCAAUCCCCAAUUCCCAAAAUUAGGGUUUCUCCAUUCCUCUCCUCCUCGAGCUCCGCGAUCAAGACGGCAUGAAGAUAGCCAUCGAGGGAUGCAUGCAUGGAGAUCUUGACAAAGUAUACGCCACUCUCAAACGCUUGGAAGAGGAGGAGAAGACCAAGAUCGACCUCCUUCUCUGUUGCGGCGAUUUCCAGGCUGUUAGGAAUUUGAAUGAUUUAGAAAGUUUGAAUGUGAAACCGAAGUAUCGGAGUAUGAAUUCGUUCUGGAAGUACUACUCAGGGCAAGCAGUAGCCCCUUAUCCGACCAUUUUUAUUGGUGGGAAUCAUGAAGCGUCGAAUUACUUGUGGGAGUUAUAUUAUGGAGGAUGGGCAGCGCCAAAUAUAUAUUUUUUGGGCUUUGCUGGAGUGGUCAAGUUUGGUAACAUUCGAAUUGGGGGAUUGUCGGGGAUUUUUAAGCAAAACCAUUAUUCUCUAGGACAUUUUGAGAGACCUCCCUAUAAUGAGAGUGAUAUUCGAUCUAUAUAUCAUGUGCGGGAGUAUGAUGUACUUAAGCUUAUGCAAAUUGAGGAGCCAAUUGAUAUUUUCAUCUCUCAUGAUUGGCCCCUUGGAAUCACUGAGUAUGGAAAUUGGCAGAAGCUUUUGAGGGAGAAACCAUUCUUUAAAGAAGAGGUUGAGAAAAGGUCUCUGGGUAGCAGGCCAGCUGCUGAGUUGCUGGCAAAACUUAAACCGCCAUAUUGGUUUUCUGCUCAUCUUCACUGUAAAUUUCCUGCAAUUAUCCAGCAUGGGGAGGAUGGACCUGUCACAAAGUUCCUUGCGCUUGAUAAGUGUCUUCCAAGGCGUAAAUUUUUGCAGAUUGUUGAAAUUGAAUCUGAACCAGGCCCUUUUGAGAUUCACUUUGAUGAAGAGUGGCUCACCAUAACAAGAAUGUUUAAUAGUUCUUUCCCCGUGACUCGAAGAUCUGCAAGAUUUGUAGCUGAACAGCUUGGCAAACAGGCUCAUCAACAAUGGGUUCGGAAUAAAUUGAGUGCAAGAGGGCCCAAACCGUUUGAGUUUGUUCGGACAGUCCCAUCCUAUGAUCCAGAUCAGCCACAUCCCAGUACUACACUUGAUGGUCAUUGCCGGAAUCCUCAAACAGAGGCUUUCCUGCAGUUGCUGGAACUCCCUUAUCUUCUGGAUGCUGUAGCCCAGUCCAAUACAUCAGUGGAAAGUUCAUUACAUUCUGCAGAUGCCCAUCUUCAUUCUUCUUACAUCAAUGAUGAGUCCAUUGACCUGGAUGAUGUGGAUUACAUGGAUGACAUGGAGGAGCUCACAACCAAUGAAGAUGCUUAGUUUUCUCCUACACCUGCACAUGUAACGUGUGGACCAAUAAUUGAAUUCAAAGCCUUUGCAGAGGCUCUUUUGAAUCCUUCGAACCUGCAUGUGCCACUUCAAGGCUCAGUAGCAUGAUGGACCACGCAUCGAAGAACAAAUUUUCAACUGCUUCUCCAGGAUUUCAAACAGAGCUUAUCUACCGUUAAGGUCCUCUUUCUUCUCCAUUACAUUCUAACCUCCUUGCCAAACUCUUCUUUCCUGUUUCAUGUCUUGUGGGACUCUUUUACUUUCAAUAACUCUAUACAAUGACUUCAUCUCCAAACCAUUUUCAUACUGGUCAAACAAUUAGUAUAGCAAAUGAAACAUCAGUCAAUCACUUAGUGGAUCACUUGUAUUAUUUGUUGGUUCCGUGAGGAAUGAUAGGAUAGUUUGGCCUUGUGAUUGGUUCACGUGCACCACAAGAGACUGAUACGGAUUUCCUGUUGUUCUAUGUGGACCAAACUCUUGGCGUGCUAUACAGCUCUUUAUCAUUCCUUGUAGCUUUCAGUUGUUGCCAUUUACAUGGCCUUAAAGCAUCCUUUUCUUCUGAA